AUGCUUAGUGUUAACGUUUCCAGCGCCAACUCAACGGAAGUUCCACCUCAAUUGAUGUGUGGAACGCCCAAAAUGGAGCUGCAACCCUCGGGAACCGUCCCAACUUUUGGAAAUGUGGAGGAAGAGUCCAACAACGAUAUGGUCUUGGAUAACAACUUCGGAAAGCUCAUAGAUAAGCUUAGAGAAUUAUUGAAUGGCCGCGGUUUGGCCUCGGAGGACGUGGAUGUGCAGAAAAUCAUCGCUGCGAUGGAGGAGUACGAGUCCGAUGAGAGCGAAUGGGGCCGCUUUGCCCUUUCUGAUCCUCUGCGUGGCUACACUAGGAACGGCAUUGUUAACAUCAAUGGCAAUGCCAACCUUCUCAUUUUGGUUUGGAGCCCAGGUAAGGGAAGUCAUAUCCAUGACCAUGCCAACGCACACUGCUGUAUGAAGAUAUUGAAGGGCCGUUUGGCAGAGUCGCUAUAUGAUGUUCCUGAACAGGAGGGCGCCCCUAUGGUGCCCAAGAAAUACACCGAGUUGGAGCGGAAUGUGGUGGGCUACAUUUCCGACGAUAUCGGCUUGCACAAGAUCUCCAACGCGCUGACCGAUGACUAUGGUGUUUCGUUGCACUUGUAUACUCCUCCAUAUGCAUCUCUCUACGGAUGUUCAUACUACGAGUCGGGCAACCUGAAGAAGCAUCACGUGGACAUGAGUAAGUAUUUCUCGUGGCAGGGCAAGAUUCUUGAUGCUAAGAAGGCAUCCACCUGUUGA